GACUCAUUGAGAGGUCAGGCCAUUGCCAAACAGCUCCGGGACACCAUCGACGACGUCCAGUCAAGUAUUGGCAAACGACUGUUUGAACAGUGCUUAGGCGGUAAAAUCCCAGAAAGCGGUUCACUGCUAGAGGCGGACGAUAUCGUGAAACUGAAGCGCUGUAUAUAUGCGGCUCAACGGACAUCACUGCCCCCUAUAAUCACGCAUAAUAUGGUCGACGACUCGACGGACCCCAUACUGGCAUCCCUGCGCCGC